AUGUCUUCAUCGACAUUAAAACCACCAAAGCUAUCAGCACCGCCCAGCUAUCCAUUUGGCAAAAUUGAGCCCAACUCAACAAAGUACUUCACAGCAUGCAUGCUAGGCGGCGUGAUAGCAUGCGGCCCAACGCAUACCCUCGUAACACCCCUCGAUCUCGUCAAAACCCGCCGACAAGUCUCUCCAGGCAUCUACAAAUCCAACAUACAAGGCUGGACCUCCAUCUUCCGCAAUGAAGGCAUCCGUGGCGUCUUCUUCGGCUGGUCACCUACCUUCGUCGGCUACUCCUUUCAAGGGCUCGGCAAAUACGGCUUUUACGAGGUCUUCAAGCACGAGUACGGAGACAACCUGUUCCCUAACAUGAAUCGCACAGUCGUCUUCCUAGCGGCUUCAGCCAGUGCAGAAUUCAUUGCCGAUGUGCUGCUUUGUCCGUGGGAGGCGCUCAAGGUGCGCAUGCAGACAACGCUGCCGCCGUAUGCAAAGAACUUGCGGGAGGCGUGGUCGAAAACUGUGGCCAAUGAGGGAGUCAGCGGCUUGUAUGCAGGCAUUGUGCCGUUGUGGGGUCGCCAGAUUCCGUACACGAUGUGCAAAUUUGCAACGUUUGAGAAGGUGGUGGAACUACUUUAUAAGCAGAUGGGUGGUCGGAAGGAGGAUUAUGGCAAGCUGGCCCAGACUGGUGUGUCGUUUGCUGGUGGUUAUAUUGCCGGUAUCGCCUGUGCGGUAGUCAGCCAUCCUGCGGAUGUCAUGGUCAGCAAGUUGAACAGUGAUCGGCAAGCUGGCGAGAGUGCUGGCAAGACGAUGUCCAGGAUCUACGGCAAGAUCGGAUUCGCUGGGCUGUGGAAUGGACUGCCCGUGAGAAUCGGCAUGAUUGGGACCUUGACGGCGUUUCAAUGGCUCAUCUACGACUCCUUCAAGGUCUACCUCGGACUCCCGACCACUGGUGGUCACUAG